UUUGAAAAUGUCUUAAACCGGAAGUGCUUGUCCUAGUGGAGCUGCUGUAUUCUCUGCUGUCGACACCUAAUACAUCCAUGGUCGACACGUGUGUAGCUGUGAAAGAAGCGUUUAUCCCUCAACAACUACCCACAUAACAUUGAACUACACUGUUGCGUGUUUCCUGAUGCAACAAUGGCUGAUGCGUUCAGUAGCAGCUCGGAAACCGUAAUUCAGCGUGUGGUGGACGUUACAGUGAAGACUAAUACCCCUCUGGAUAAACUGGAAGAGUUGUAUCAGAUUAAGAAGACUUGUGACUUCAUCAGUGAGCAUCAAUUUGAAAAGGUUGCUCUGCAGUUUCCUGAUGAGCUGCUGGUGGAUUCAGUGGCAAUAGCAGCAGAGGUUGAGAGAAACACUAAUGCCAGGCCGUUCAUUUUGGGAGAUACAUCCUAUGGCAGUUGCUGUGUGGACGAGGUAACUGCAGAGCAUGUUGGAGCCGACUGCAUUGUGCACUACGGCAGCACCUGCCUCAGCCCGUCUAAAAGGCUGCCGCUGAUGUUGGUCUUUGAGCAAAGACCGGUGGAUCUUGAGAAGUGCACUUCUGCCUUCAGAGAACUCUAUCCCGACACACAGAGUCACGUCCUCAUCCUCUAUGACGUCAACUAUGCUCAUGCUAUAAAUGAUCUUCUGACACUCUUGUCACCAGAGUAUCCAAACCUUGUCGUCUCAGAACUCGUUGUCGAAGGGGAGCAGUGUUACAGUCACGGCCGGAUUAAAAGACAACAUGACGACGCCUGUCUGUCAGAGGGAGACAACAACCAUCUUAUUUAUCAGUUUGGAAGGCAGUUCUCCUUGAAAAGUGGUUUAAGCAUCAAGGAUUACAGUGUGUUCUAUGUAGGCCAAGAGGGAGCAACGCUGAGAAACUUCAUGAUGACUUGGAAUCGCUGCUCAUUUUGUACUUUUGACCCCGUAAAAAUGACGGGGAGGACCGAGUCAGUAAGUAUCAACCGUGCGCUGAUGAAGCGAUAUUACGCUAUAGAAAGGGCCAAAGAUGCCAAAGUGGUUGGCAUCCUGGUUGGCACACUCGGGGUGGUCGACUACCUCGACAUCAUCCAGCAGUUGAAGGAGACCAUCCGAGGAGCUGGAAAGAAGAGCUACAUGUUUGCCAUGGGGAAACUGAACGUGCCCAAGCUAGCAAACUUUCUUGAAAUUGACAUCUUUGUGUUGGUUGCGUGUCCUGAGAACUCACUGCUGGACUCCAGGGAGUUCUUUAAACCGGUAGUAACACCGUUUGAGAUGGAGGUGGCCUGCAACAAGAAGAGGGAGUGGUCGGAGGAAUAUGUCACAGACUUUCGACAUCUCCUGCCAGGUGGACAGAGUCACGUGCCUUUGGCUGAUCAGCAGGAGGAGGACGAUGAGACCGACGUGUCUUUAAUCACAGGAGCUCUGCGAGGCCACAAUCUGUUGAGCUUUGAGCCUGCCGUGUCCGCGUUUGGCUCCUCGGUGGUCCUCAGGAACCAGGCGCUCACUGUAGCCACCAACUCAGCUGCAUCUUUUCUGGCAGAACGAAGCUGGCGUGGCUUAGAGCAGAAGUUAGGAGAGACCCCUGUGGUGAAGGCAGUAGGGGGCAGGAGAGGCAUAGCUAUUGCCUAUGAAGAGGAAGGAACGGCGCCAUCAUAAUUUACCAGUAAACCUAUGAUUAUUUAAUCACACCUGCAGGUAUUAAAUGUAUAUUGCUUGUAAUAUGUAAUAAUAAUAUGUUUUCAUAAAAUCAACACCAGAUAUCACUACUUUUUAUUAUCACAUUACUUAAUGAAUCACAGAAUGUAACCUAUGAUUUUGUCUAAACAUUACAACUUGUCACACUUG